AUGUGUUUUGCAGAGAUUAAUAUUAUCUGGGCAGCUCACCAGGCACACCACAGUUCUGAAGACUAUAACUUAAGCACGGCACUGCGACAGUCCGUCCUGCAGCAGUACAGUUCCUGGGUUUUCUACUGUCCCCUGGCCCUUUUCGUACCGCCUUCAGUGUUUGCUGUUCAUAUUCAAUUUAAUCUCCUCUACCAAUUUUGGAUCCACACAGAGGUCAUCAGAACCCUUGGCCCUUUGGAACUGGUCCUUAAUACUCCGAGCCAUCACAGAGUUCAUCAUGGUAGAAAUCGUUACUGCAUAGAUAAAAACUAUGCUGGCACUCUUAUUAUUUGGGAUAGAAUUUUCGGGACAUUUGAAGCAGAGAAUGAACAGGUUAUAUAUGGUCUAACCCAUCCCAUUGGAACAUUUGAGCCAUUCAAAGUGCAGUUUCACCAUUUACUCUAUAUAUGGACAACAUUCUGGGCCACACCUGGUUUCUGCCAUAAGUUUUCUGUCCUAUUUAAAGGACCAGGAUGGGGUCCAGGUAAACCAAGACUUGGCCUGAGUGAAGAAAUUCCAGAGGUUACAGGACAGGAAGUCCCUUUCACAUCAUCGGCAUCCCAGCUCCUGAAGAUAUAUGCUGUCCUCCAGUUUGCAGUAAUGCUGGUGUUUUAUGAAGAGACCUUUGCAAACACAGCGGGAGCAGCAUGGCAAGGGGCCAUGCUGGAAUGGCUUGAGGACCGCCUGGAUCAGAAAGUACUUGGGGGCAGCGUGGAGGCCCCCCAAAUUAUUGAUAUUUCUACAUGGCCCUAG